AUGUCUUCCGACCAGCAGAUCAUCUUCACCAAGGACGCCCCUGCGGCGCUUGGCCCUUACUCUCAAGCCAUCAAGACCCCCAACAUGAUCUAUUGCUCUGGCCAGAUUCCUCUUACCCCCGAGGGUGAGAUGGUUCAAGGUAUCACUGAGCAGACCCGCCAGGCCUGCAAGAAUGUCCAGGCUGUUGUGGAGGCGGCUGGCUCGUCCAUUUCCAAGGUGGUCAAGACUACAGUCUUCAUCUCUGACAUGUCCUACUUUGCUGAAAUCAACACCGAGUACGAGAAGUGGUUUUCGCAUAAGCCUGCACGCAGCUGUGUGGCUGUCAAGACUCUUCCCAAGAACGUCGAUGUGGAGAUUGAGGUCACUGCUCUUCCAUAG